AAACCUUUAGGUGAGUUAUUUUCCUCCUUGGUUGCUCGAGUUUUUUCCGUUUUUUCCACGUUUUUCUCAAGGCUGUUUUUCUCCAUUGGGGUUUUGAGAGCUUUUCCUUCAAUUCGUACAAACUUGGUACGAGUUCUCACAGUGUAUAUAAAUAGUUCUAAAAUAGUUCUAAGCGAGUUCUAAGGCCGGAGGAACUGAAAGCAAGCCACAACACAAAGACUCUCAGUGCCGCCGGGACCGAGCCGAGUGACCGCCGCCGCCAUGUCGGAAGAGCGCGGCUCCGACGACGAGCUGUACCGCUGGGAGGCCGCUUGUUACAGCGAGGUGGACUCCCAGCCUGACUACGAGCUGCAGCUGCACCAGGAGCGCGAGCUGACCGCUCAGAAGCUGUGGCACCUCUUCCAGAGCAGUGCCACCUGCAUCGCCCACCUGCAUAAAGGCGCCUACGGAGGGGGAGGGGGAGGAUGCGGUACCGAGCGGGGCGGCUCCCGCUGGAUGCCGUUCCAGACUGCCGCGGGGUCCGUCACCGCCCUCUACAAAGAGUCCGUGGACGGUGUCCGGCGCUGUACCGAGCUGGGCAUCCUGCACGGUCAGCAGCGGCGUACCCGGGAGCUGCUGGCGCUCACCCGGCGCCGCCGCCUGCUCCGCCGGGAGGAGGUGCUCUCGCUGCUCUGCGGCCGCCCCCCGCCGCCGCCCCGGAGCGGCCAUAGGUCGUCCAGCCGCCACCAGAGUGCGGCGUGGUCGUCCGCCGGCGGCCGAGAGAGGGAGUCACCGCCGUCCCGGCCAGGAGCGGAUAGUGCCAUUUGGAACGGCAUAUCUCCGGCCCUGGGCGGGUUCCGGCCGCCAUCCCCCGCCGCUGCCGCCGCCGCUCCCGCCCCCGCCCUGCUGCGCCGGUCGCCGAGCCGCCGCCGCGCCAGCCGCUCGCUCUCACCCCUGGAUCUCACGGCAGUGAAGCGGCCAGCGACGCCUUCCUCCCCUUGCGAUGUGGUAAUGGACUCGCCCACCCACAAGAGGCCACGUUACACGUAGCGGCCGGUCGAUCCCACUUUGAGAGACGCAGGGGAGGUCGCUGCUGGCUGGUGCGUAUGAUGUGCCUUGCGUCGUGCGAUGGUGACCUGUGACGUCACAUUCAGCUGGUGCCAGUGCGUUACGCUGUGGAUUACCCGUGUUCCUAUCGUUUGUCCUGACCCCGACCCGCGCUGUGACGUCAGAGUGACGUCAUUGAACUAACACGAGGCUUAUCGCGCUGCCCACUGUAUCUCGCCAGCGCGGCAGCGAAGAACGUAUAAUGGUGCGAGUUCGGAGUGCGUGUAGCACUGAGAGUACCCCACCGAUGGUGUGCCGAGCCGAUAUAUCGCGUUGAUAUCAAGUGUGAUGUCUGAUAUCGCGUGUGAGGCGCUCACUGCUCAGAUUGCCCGGCAGGGAACGCGCUACUGAGCCGUGGUAACAGGGUCGAUUACAGGUGCGUCCGCGGGCGCAUCCCAAAGGCAUUGACUGUAUUCUCGUGAAAAACAUUUACCGACAAUAUAGAUCGUUGUUUGA